AGGCUGUAUUUGAAAUACAUUACCAUAAGCAAAGGUAAAGGUAAAUGUGAGGUAAAGUUAUCCCUGGACUUAAUUAUUUCUGUAAGAACUAAAAAAUGUAUCAGUCUGCAUCCAGUCAUGAAGAUCAAGAAGUUCAUAUACCUUUGCAAAGGAUUUCAACCAGAAGAUCUCGACAGUCAACUGAUCUUCGUGAUCUGUUUGAGAGGUACGAUGUUAAUGGAAAUGGGCAUAUCUCUUUGUGUGAACUACGUAACCUAAUUACAUCAGAGGGUUAUUCACAAGACUUGCCUGAAGUUGCAGUGCAGCGGAUAUUGAGGCGAGCAGAUAUAGAUCAGAAUGGAUAUUUGGAUUAUACAGAGUUCAAGGAGAUGGUACAAAGUCCAGAAUGGCGUAUCACCCUCCAGAAUGCUGUAGACCAGUAUGUGAAAUUUCUAGUACCUGCACGUCCUGUUAGUAUUGAUGUUACUGACACUGGUGAUGAGACUUCAGGCAGAUUGGUAUAUUAUGAGAGUCACUAUAGAUGCUGGCCUCCUCCACUUGGGAUGUUCAUUAUCAGCAUCAUAGAGAUUGCCACAUUCGUGACAGAUGUGAUCAAUGCAGACACAGUGAUGGCAGAUGGUCCUAUUGCAACAAAGCUUUUGUACACCCCUUACAGAAGAUUUGAAGCUUGGAGAUUCUUCACCUACAUGUUUGUACAUGUUGGGGUUUUGCAUCUUGUGGUGAACCUACUUGUACAGUUAAUGCUUGGUGUGCCACUAGAGAUGGUGCAGCAUUGGUGGCGAGUGCUAAUUGUGUACAUAGCUGGUGUAGUGGCAGGCUCCCUUGGUACCUCAGUCACUGAUCCUUAUACUCGCCUGGCUGGAGCAUCAGGAGGAGUGUAUGCAAUCCUCUUUGCCCACAUUGCAUCUAUAAUCAUGAACUGGUCAGAGAUGAAGUUUGCUAUAUAUCAGCUGACAAUUUUCAUGUUUAUAAUUGCCGCUGAUGUUGGAUCAACAGUUUAUGACUACUACUUUGCAGAUCAGAGGAAUUCGUGUAUAGGGUAUGCUGCCCAUAUUGCUGGAGCACUGGCUGGACUGUUGUUGGGUCUCAACAUACUCAGGAACGUGUAUGUUAAGCCCUGGGAGAAGAAGAUCUGGUGGGCCAGUAUAAUCCUCUACCUUGUUCUGAUGUUAGGAGCCAUUGCGUGGAAUAUCUUUUAUAAAGACCACUUCCCUCAACCUGACAACUACUGACAAGGGCGGCGCGAAGCACAUGUAAUCCAAGUGACCAUUUAAGGGUGUAUCCUGGUAUCAUCCUCAUGAAGUCCAUUUUCAUUACUUAUACAUUAUUGUUGUUAUUACGUACUUACUCACGGAGCUGAGCCCUUCUUGAGGAGCCGCCAAUUAUGCAGCUACUC